AUGUUGAAGGAAGAGAGCAAUGGCGCUGCUGCCACCAACUGGGCACGUGUUUGCGACACGUGCCGGUCCGCAGCUUGCACGGUGUACUGCCGUGCAGACUCUGCGUACCUGUGCUCUGGCUGCGACGCCACUAUCCACGCUGCAAACCGUGUGGCGUCGCGCCACGAGCGCGUGUGGGUCUGCGAGGCGUGUGAGCAGGCCCCGGCGGCUUUCUUAUGCAAAGCUGAUGCGGCCUCGCUCUGCACUGCCUGUGACGCAGACAUCCACUCUGCCAAUCCGUUGGCGAGGCGCCACCAACGUGUCCCAAUUCUGCCCAUCUCCGGUUGCCUGUACGGACCACAGGCAACCGACCCGGGCGGGAUAGAGGUGGGGUCCGCUGCAGCGGAGACAGAAGAUGGGUUCUUGAGCCAGGAAGGAGAUGAAACCAUUGAUGAGGAAGAUGAGGAUGAGGCAGCAUCAUGGUUGUUGCUCAAUCCUAUGAAAAACAAUAACAACAACUGUAACAAUAACAAUAAUCAGAGUAAUGGGUUCUUCUUUGGAGUGGAGGUUGAUGAGUAUUUGGAUCUUGUGGAGUACAACUCAUCAUGUGGUGAUCAGAACCAGUUCACUGAUCAUCAUCAGCAUAACCAGCAGCAAGAGCAGCAGCAGCAACAUUAUGGUGUGCCUGUGCCACACAAGAACUAUGGAGGUGAUAGUGUUGUGCCAGUUCAGAUGCAGAAGCAAAGCUUUCAUCAGUUGGGUUUGGAGUAUGAGUCUUCAAAAGCUGCCUACAGUUACAAUGGUUCUCUUAGUAACACUGUCUCUGUUUCAUCCAUGGAUGUUGGUGUUGUGCCAGACUCAACAAUGAGUGAUAUCUCAAUCUCACACCCAAGAACUCCUAAAGGGACAAUUGACCUUUUCAGUGGACCUCCCAUUCAGAUGCCAUCCCAACUAAGUCCAUUGGACAGGGAGGCCAGGGUCCUAAGAUACAGAGAGAAGAAGAAGACAAGGAAGUUUGAGAAAACAAUUAGGUAUGCCUCAAGGAAGGCCUAUGCAGAGACCAGACCCCGGAUCAAAGGCCGGUUUGCAAAGAGAACAGAAAUGGAAGUUGAAGUGGACCAGAUGUUCUCCACAACACUGAUGGCAGAAAAUGGAUAUGGCAUUGUUCCAUCAUUCUAA